AGAUGGCUCUGUUCCUUGCUCUCCGAAAUGGGUAUCACGGUUCCAAAAGCUCCGGUCAUCUACUGUGAUAACAUCGGUGCGACAUAUCUCUGUGCUAACCCGGUCUUUCACUCUCGAAUGAAGCAUAUUGCGCUUGACUAUCACUUCAUCAGAAAUCAAAUUCAAGCGGGUAUGUUACGAGUUUCUCAUGUUUCUACGAAAGAUCAGUUAGCCGAUGCACCCACAAAGCCAUUGCCUCGCCUACAACUUCAACAGGCGUGUUCCAAGAUUGGUGUCACAAGAGCUCCUCCAUCUUGAGAGGGCGUAUAAGUGAUAUGUAUAUGUAUAAGUAGUAUAUGGGUCUAAAUGCAAUUAGUUUAUACUCUAAACCUAGUCUCCUCUGUAAGUGUCUGUAUAAAUAUGUAUAGUCUUUCUCAUUAAUAAUUUAACAUAUUCUAU